AGUCCGAGAGAGAGAGAGAGAGAAGAAGAAGACGGAGAAGAAGCAACACAGAAAGAUCCCUUGACAUCACAACUCUAGUGCUUCAGAUUUCUCAGUCUUAAGCAAUAAGCAAAUAAACAAAAGCUAAAUCACAAAAAGAGAACCAAAUCUGUGUCUUUGUCCUAAAACCCUCCCUCUGUGAAUUGUGUUGCUUUGCUACUACUUCUACUACUACGUCUCUGGAGAGAAAGUCAAAUUCUCUAAGAGAAAAAGAGUGAGAGAGAGAGAGAGAGAAAGUUUCUUCAUUUUUUCUUGCGUAUUUGAUCUGCCAUUGUCAUCAAACUGCUCUCAGCUCAUCAAUCAGCCUUCUUGCUUAAAUUUUUCGGUCUCCUCUCUCCUCCUCCCCCACCUCGACCAACAUUUACUAGGGAUAUAAGACAUUGACCACAAUUGAGAAUUUUGAUGAAGAAGAAGAGUUCUUGAUAAAGAUUCCUGUAUUUGUUCUUUGUGGGGAAUGGCAAGAGGUAGAAGAAGGUCAAAGCUGAGACUUAGCCAUAUAUACACAUUUGGAUGUCUUAGGCCAAGUGCAGACGAGGGUCAAGAUCCUCACCCUAUCCAAGGUCCAGGAUUUAGCAGGACUGUUUACUGUAAUCAGCCUCAUAUGCACAAGAAGAAACCUUUGAGAUACCGCUCUAACUAUGUCUCUACAACCAGGUACAAUAUGAUCACUUUCUUCCCCAAGUCACUCUACGAACAGUUUCACCGCGCUGCCAACUUCUACUUCUUGGUAGCUGCCAUUCUUUCUGUGUUCCCUCUUUCUCCGUUCAACAAAUGGAGUAUGAUUGCUCCGCUGGUGUUUGUUGUUGGACUCAGUAUGUUAAAGGAGGCUCUUGAAGAUUGGAGUAGGUUUAUGCAAGAUGUGAAGAUUAAUGCAAGGAAAGCUUAUGUUCAUAAACGUGAUGGGGAGUUUCGUCGCAGAAAGUGGAAAAAGAUUAGUGUUGGGGAUAUUGUCAAAGUGGAGAAAGAUGGCUUCUUCCCUGCUGACUUGCUCUUGUUGUCGUCCAGUUAUGAGGAUGGGAUUUGUUAUGUAGAGACUAUGAAUUUAGAUGGUGAGACCAACUUGAAAGUGAAAAGGUCCUUGGAAGCGACAUUAUCGCUGGAUGACGACGAAUCUUUUAAAGAUUUCACGGGGACUAUAAGAUGUGAAGAUCCAAACCCAAGUCUUUACACAUUUGUUGGCAAUCUUGAGUAUGAGCGGCAGAUAUUUCCACUGGAUCCAAGUCAGAUUCUGUUGAGAGAUUCAAAGCUUAGGAAUACACCUUAUGUUUAUGGAGUUGUGGUAUUCACAGGGCAUGAUACUAAAGUGAUGCAGAACUCAACGAAAUCGCCUUCGAAAAGGAGCAGAAUCGAAAAGACAAUGGAUUAUAUCAUCUACACGCUUCUAGUCCUACUUAUUUUGAUCUCUUGCAUAAGUUCAUCCGGAUUUGCUUGGGAGACAAAGUUUCACAUGCCGAAAUGGUGGUACUUAAGACCUGAGGAGCCUGAGAACUUAACCAAUCCAAGUAAUCCUGUUUAUGCUGGAGUUGUCCAUCUGAUCACUGCUCUGUUGCUGUACGGAUAUUUGAUACCAAUCUCUCUUUAUGUCUCCAUUGAGGUUGUGAAAGUGUUGCAGGCAUCUUUCAUCAAUAAAGAUUUGCAUAUGUAUGAUAGUGAGAGUGGUGUUCCAGCACACGCACGCACGUCGAAUCUAAACGAAGAGCUAGGACAAGUGGAUACUAUCCUUUCUGAUAAAACGGGAACUUUGACUUGUAAUCAGAUGGAUUUUCUGAAAUGCUCAAUUGCUGGCACUUCUUAUGGAGUACGUUCUAGCGAAGUCGAAGUUGCUGCUGCACAGCAAAUGGCUGUUGAUCUUGAUGAUCACGGAGAAGUAUCCAGUAGGACAAGUACUCCAAGGGCCCCGGCACACGAAAUUGAGUUAGAUAGUAGCAGUAAUCAUCGAGCUGAGCAUAAUCAAAGAAUUCCUAUAAAGGGGUUUGGUUUCGAGGAUAUCAGGCUAAUGGAUGGGAAUUGGUUAAGAGAGCCACACACAAAUGACAUUUUGCUGUUUUUUCGCAUAUUAGCUAUUUGUCACACAGCUAUCCCCGAGCUUAACGAGGAGACUGGCAAGUACACUUAUGAAGCAGAGUCACCAGAUGAAGCUUCUUUUCUCACUGCUGCCNUUGCUUUGAACUGCAGAUAUUCAUGUAGUUUACUUCGGCAAGGCAUGAAACAGAUAUGUAUAACUGUGAUGAACUCAGAAGGAGGAUCUCAAGAAGCAAAAGCNAGGUUAUCUUUUUCAGGGCAAACUAUUGAAAGGGAGUAUAAAGUUCUGAAUUUGUUGGAUUUCACUAGCAAACGAAAGCGAAUGUCAGUAGUUGUACGUGACCAGGAAGGGCAGAUUCUUUUGCUAUGCAAAGGAGCUGACAGUAUUAUUUUUGAGCGACUGGCGAAAAAUGGGAAGACAUACUUAGGACCUACCACUAAGCAUUUAAAUGAAUAUGGAGAAGCAGGACUCCGUACUCUUGCACUUUCAUACAGAAAGCUUGACGAGGAUGAAUACUCAGCUUGGAACGCUGAGUUUCACAAGGCCAAAACUUCUAUAGGAUCUGAUAGAGAUGAGUUGCUUGAGAGGAUAUCGGAUAUGAUUGAAAAAGACCUUAUUCUUAUAGGUGCAACUGCUGUGGAGGACAAACUCCAGAAAGGGGUGCCCCAAUGCAUAGAUAAACUUGCUCAAGCAGGCCUCAAAUUAUGGGUUUUAACUGGGGAUAAGAUGGAAACAGCAAUCAACAUCGGAUAUUCAUGUAGUUUACUUCGGCAAGGCAUGAAACAGAUAUGUAUAACUGUGAUGAACUCAGAAGGAGGAUCUCAAGAAGCAAAAGCUGUGAAAGAGAAUAUUUUGCUUCAAAUCACAAAAGCUGUACAAAUGGUGAAGCUAGAGAAAGAUCCACACGCUGCAUUUGCCUUGAUCAUUGACGGCAAAACCCUAACGUAUGCGUUGGAGGAUGAGAUGAAGUAUCAGUUUCUUGCUUUGGCGGUCGAUUGUGCGUCAGUCAUUUGCUGUCGUGUGUCUCCUAAGCAGAAAGCUUUGGUAACGAGGUUAGUUAAAGAGGGAACCGGGAAAACCACAUUGGCAAUUGGUGAUGGUGCAAAUGAUGUUGGAAUGAUUCAAGAAGCUGACAUUGGUGUUGGUAUCAGCGGGGUUGAAGGGAUGCAGGCUGUUAUGGCAAGUGAUUUUUCUAUUGCCCAGUUCCGGUUUCUUGAAAGAUUGCUCGUCGUUCAUGGACACUGGUGCUACAAAAGAAUAGCUCAAAUGAUCUGCUAUUUCUUUUACAAGAACAUAGCAUUUGGUCUCACUCUCUUCUAUUUUGAGGCUUUCACUGGAUUUUCUGGGCAAUCAGUAUAUAAUGACUUCUACCUAUUACUCUUCAACGUCGUCCUUACUUCAUUGCCAGUGAUUGCCCUUGGAGUCUUUGAACAAGAUGUUUCCUCGGAGAUCUGCUUACAGGUAAGGUUCAACUAA